CUUAUUAUCACCAUGACUGAAAAUGUUUUUCUUCCCCAGAUGAUAUGACUGAGAUAUCUCUGCAUCAAGAAUCACCUCUUAACCUUCCUCAACAUAAUAAUGUAUGGAUAGCCCUUUGGAACAAGAACAAAUUUGAUUUUAAAGUUCAUUUCUAUUUGUGUCAUAGCCGUACAACAAAAUGCGAGGUUCACCACCCAACUGUCACUGAAGGCUGGUCGAUUAUGUCUAUAUCUACAGACAUCGUCUUUUAUGGAAAUAAAUUUCAUAAAAGGUGGGUCACUCCCCUAAAAGGAUGCGACUUCAGGAUAUUGACGAAUUACCAACUACACCUUCAAGUGUUCCCGAUGCCCUUAGAGCCACAAGAAACAAGCAAACUUCCUGCCAUAACUACAGGAAUGUAUACAGAAACAACUACAAACAAAACUCAAGUUCCUCCUACAGGAACAUCUACAGGCUCAUCUCCAGUCAAACCCGAAGAUUCACCUACAGGCAUACGUGUAAGCACACAAACCAUCAUCGGUGUCGUGGUGGCAGCGUUGCGUCUUUCCUUUGCUACAGGUGUUGCUUCAGGAACCAAAACGACACAAGAGAUGAAGACCCUCCACUUAUGGACAGACUGCCACACUUCCAUCGGCUUCCACUGAAGCAAGAAUCUUCCAGACCCUGGAUGACACUGUGGCCAAGAAAGGAAACGAAAAUUUCGUCUCAAACAAGAGGAACCAACUUCUGAGCUGAAGGACUGUCAGGGCUUCCCUAUUCUACGUCUUUCAUAAAACCACAGAAUCAUGGCAAGAACGGGCAGGUCAUUCUGAAUGACUCCCAGAGGCAGAUGUGUCCUUUAUCACUCCAUGUUUGUGGUCUUCCCUGAUUUAUACAACUGCCAAGCAGUGGUUUUAACUAAGUUCUUUGUACUAUGUCUACAUGGUCCUUAGCUUCAUAAGUGAAUGUUUUUAUCAAGAACAAUGUCACCCUCUUUGUUUGAUUUUGUGAUGAUAAGGCCUUCGGGUUGGCACAAAGAAAUGACUUCAUGGGCAUUUCUGCCUACAUUGCUCUCAAGUCUAAUUGUUUUU